AUGGCGAGAAAGCGGCGCUCAAGUGCACUCGAUAGUGCAGCAGACCCGAAGUUAUCGGCGGGAAAGACUCAAAGGUUGGACGACCGCGAGAGUGAGUCAGUAUCAGCAUAUGAUGGUAGGAAUGACGCUUCUGUUGGUUUCAGAGGCGAUGACGGCUCAUAUACUACAGUGCAAGAAGCCAGUACCACAGAACGUGAGACUUUCGCUGGAGUGGUCGAAGCGCAAGAUGACAGCGAGUGGGCAGCAUAUGAAGUACCACAGAACAUGAGCCUGACGCUAGAGAGGUCGAAGCGCAAGACGACAGCGUCAGCAUCGUGUCGCGCCGUCCAUAUCCAUGCAGUGACCAGUGUCUACGGCGCUGCAGAGGCCUCUGGGCCCUCUGACCAUGACGGCGAAGACUCGAGCGAGGAUGAGGGCCGAAUCAGGAGCGACAUCGGCGAGGAGACAGGUCAGCAAGUUCGGGAAGGCAGUGACGAAGAAGCCGACAGCAGCGAAGAGGAGGAGGAGGAGGAGGAGGAGGGGGAAUUCUACACUGAUGAUCGAGACUUCGACAUAGGCUCGAACUUCACAAGCACGGCCACCAACUGGGUUACUCCUGAAAAACGCCAGGCGAAGAUCAUCGUGAAUUUCUGGGGACAUAUCGCAAAUGAUGUAUUGGAUGAGGAGCUGAUCCCGAAAAUGCGCAAUGAAGAGGGACAGUACGAGCAGGUCGAAUUCGAGAGCUGGACAAAGGGACUGCAAGAAUGGGUAGCCGAGCUGGCCAGCUAUGUUGACGUCGCAGAGGCACAAGAGCUGCUCAGAGAAGCUAUCAAGAAGAGGCCCCGUCGCGCAACCAAGCCAUUGCCGGGCAUCAACGCAGAAGAUGCGGAGCUGGCUGUGACAUUGGCGGAGGAGGCGGGCAAGGAACCACGCUUCAUGCCAGAGCCGGUGCGGUCCUGGAACAUGCACCAACCUCAACGCCAUGGAUGGUAG